GUCAGCGGCGGCGGCAAGCUACAACGAGGUUAUAGGUGAAUGCACAAUGCACGGCACUGCUCGGUUGGUCGAGGUGGUGGACAAGCUUCUACCAUUUACGGAAGAGUCCUCCGUGCUGGACGUGGGCUGCGGCACUGGUAGCUUGACGGUCAAGAUCCAUGAAAUUUGUGGCCAAGCGCGAAUCCUUGCGACGGACGUCGCUGAGGGCAUGCUGGCUGAGGUCAACAAGCUGCACAUUCCUCACGUUACGACGCAGUUUGAAGACGGCGCAACCCUCGCCGGACUGAAGGAUGCUUCGUUCACUCACGGGCUCAGCUCAUUUGCCACUCAUAUCAUACCGGAUGCCAUGAGAGUGGUCAAGAGUCUACACCGGGUCGUAAUGCCGGGAGGUGUCGUGGGUAUCGCGAUAUGGGGAGAGUACUUGGGCCUCUUGGUUGGGCACGAGAGGGCAUGCCGUCGAUUGAAGCCUGAAUAUACCGUCCUCGACCCCAAGCUUCCGGGGACGUGGUAUGCCGAAGAAGAACACCGGAAAGCAUUGCAGGAAGCUGGUGUGAAAGACGUGAAGACUGAGCUCUUCAAUAUGCCGUUGUUUCAACCCGCAGACGGGUGGUCAAACGUCGCAAGUGAAUGGUGGACUUCAACCAACAACCCGUUUGCUAGAGGACUGAUCGAUCACUGGGUUGAUCAUGGUGGCAGUAAAGACAAGCUAGCUCGUGAAUUUGAGCGUGCCGUGUGUGAGGAUCAACCGGACGGCAUCUUCCUGAGCUGCGUGGUUGGCUGGGGAAGGAAGUGAGUUGAGAUCUUUACAAGGGCGUUUGACGCUAUCCGCCUCUCAAAACGUCAGUGGUAUGAUGGAUUGGCCAUCCAACCUAACGCUUUAGCGGGUUACUAGUUUGCAGCGUGGAUAAUGCGAUGGAAGGACUGAAACCAUGGCUGCCUUCCGCAUACACAUUCGCACACUCGGCGUUGCGUAGACAACUGGCAUGUUCGAGAGUGCCAAGACAGC